CCACACGCGUUGCAAUUUCCAUGCAAUGUUUUCCGGCUCGCAUCCGCAUCAAGAGUCCGCUUUGUCAUGUAAAAAGUGUUGGAAAUUUCUCUUCAUAAAAACUUUACUUUUGUUUCCUUUUACUUUCGUCUCUAGCUCAAAACUUCUGUGUGGAGGCGCCUUGCAUGAACGGCGGAUUAUGUUCCGAAGGAGAAGGAUCAUAUUUUUGUCACUGUAAGCCGGGAUUCAAGGGAAAAAACUGCGAAGGUCAGUGGAAAUAGGAGGAUUUCGGCAUCUCACUGGAUGGAACUGAUUGUUGAAAGGUUUUGUCGAUGGAAAUUUCGGGUGUAAAGCCCUGGGCAAACUAGGAAACAUUGUUGUGGAAACAUUUGUGAUUCUCGAUGUUUCCACAAAUGUUACCCUGUUUGCCCACCCGUGGAAACAUUGUUGCGGAAACAAAAUUUGCUUCCCGAGAAGCAAAAAUGUUCCCUAGCAAAUUCAGAAACAUUUGAUGUUUAACAAAUAUAAAACAUUUUCCGUGUUGAUAUACAGUUAUAUCAACACGAGUGGAAAUUGGGAAAACGAGAAAUUGUGUGGAAACACGACGCCCGAAGGGCAGAGUGUUUUCACACAAUUUCGAGUUUUCCCAACUUCCACGAGUGUUGAUAUAACUAUAUAUCAAUACGGAAAAAAUGUUUUAUAUUUGUUUUAUAAUAUAGCAAUGUCAAAAGCCCGAAGAAUAAGAAAAAUUUCCGUGUUUACAAGCGGCGGAAAAUUUCCCGUGUUGACAUGGAGUUAUAUCAACACGGCUCUUAGCCAAUCAGCGCUCAGAAUUUACAAAUGCUAUAUUAUAAUUCCCUAUGUUUCUCACUAAUGUUUCCUAGUGUUUGCCCACUCUUGGAAAUAUGGCGAAACAUUGGUAGGAAACAAUUUUUCCGCAACAAUGUUUCCAUGCCCAGGGUUUAAAUCUUAUAACGUUAUUACGCUAGAAAAUUCCAUCACAAUACCAUUCGACAAUAGACAAGUUGCAUGUCAGAUUAAUUUUUGAUCUAGGCAAAAAAAGUAAAUUCCCGUAAAGAACUUAUUAAAAUUAGUAAAAUUGUAAAAUUUGGUUGCGAAAUGUUGUAAAAUACGGGAAUAUAUAGCCUUGCGAAGUUUGCAUAUUUUGUAUAUGUUUGUAUUACGUGCGGAAAUUGUUACCAUUUUUGAGCCGAAAAUGGUAACAAUUUCGAUUCCGCACGUAAUACAAACAUAUACAAAAUUUGGAAACUUUGCAAGACUAUAUUUUCCAAGCUUUACAACAUUUCGGAACCAAAUUUUGCAAUGUUACUAAUUUCAUUAUUAGCUGUGGUGUUUGAUUCCCUUCUAUUUACUUGGAUUAAAAUUUAGUCUAACAUGCAAGCUGUCCAUUAGUUAUAUCGAGCUUAGAUGCCCAAUAUCCUGUUAUUUACCCCCCAUACACCUUGAACCCAUGAACUUGUGGUUAGAGCUCAACAACUGGACUCUGUAAACCCCUCAGCUGAGUAGAAACAGACUAUCACCAAAUGUUGACCAAGUGCUUGACUCUAAAUAUAGGCAGUGGUGAACUCGAUUGUUUCCGUUUUUAGCCACUGAUUAUUGCAAUCCUAAUCCGUGUCUUCGCAAUGGCGUGUGUGUGGUUAAAGAGACUGGGUACAAAUGCCGAUGUCUUCCACAGUUUACCGGUCUUAACUGUAAAGGUAUACUUUAAGUAAUAUAUCAAAUCCGACUAUCAUCUUUACUUUACCGGAUAUCUAGUCAAUAAGUUCAAGGACUGAAUAUCUGGUAAAGUCCGAAAUGUCGCAUUUGAUAUGACAUCUCAACAAGGGUGGGUAGUAGCGAAGUAGUUGUAGUUCGCUACUGUAGCGAACUACAAUUUUCAAGUAGCCAGUAGUUUUUGACUACUUUUUUAAAACAGUAGUUGUAGUUAUAGCGAACUACAUUUUGCCUGAAAGUAGCCAAGUAGUUGACUACUUUUCAAACAGCGAAUCGCUAUUCGCUACUUUUUAAAAUUGUUAGCAACCGUUCGUAGAAUAUAAUGAUAUUAAGACACGGGUUGCUUAAAAGAUUAUUUUAUACAGUAAAGAUUAUUUUAGCGCAUUGAAAAGUGGCACUCGUGAACACUGUAUAGUGCUUACAAAAAUGUUGCUUUGACCCUUUUCUUUACUGUUGCUACUCGUAAGUCGAUUUGUUAUAGGUUAAAUUACAGCCUGAGCCCAAAUACCGUAAAGCUAAAAAAUAUAGCGUAGCGAAAUAGUUCGCUACAUUUUUUAAGCAGUAGCUGUAGUCAGUAUCGAACUACUUUUGUUGAAAAGUAGCAGUAGUUGUAGCUGACUACAUAUUUUUGAAGUAGCUGUAGUUAUAGCGAACUACAAAAAUGUUGUAGUCAACCCACCCUUGCAUCUCAUACAAAUAAAUCACUAUACUUAAAGUGAGGUUUGAUCCAGUCCUAGGAUUGGAUAAAUAAACUUCACCAUGAAUCGAAUAUUAUCAUGUGAGCAAAAUAAAGUAAUAUGGUUAGUUAAUAGUACUCUUUAACAAUUAUUCGCCGAAGGCGAGGUGAUUAUCGGGGAAUAUUCGCCGUGACGAAGUCGAGGUGAAUAUUCCCCGAUAAUCACCUCGCCUUCGGCGAAUAAUUGUUUUAGUAUUUUUACACAAGCUUUUGUGUUUUUUGAGACUGAAUUUAUUUUAAUUUCGCUUAUUUCUUUGUCAGUAAACUUUCACAAAACGGGUAGCCGCCAUUUUGAAAAUUUCUGUUUUGUUAUAUUCACCUGUAGGUGAAUAGAACAGCUUAUUACGUCAAAUUUGACCAAUCAACGUGUAUAGGAUUUGUUAUGUUCACUUGUGCAAAAAUACAAAUACAAAUUAUUGUGACAUAAUUGAAUAAAACAAACCAUCAAUAAAAUCAGAAGCUAAAACCGUAGGGUACGUUUCCAAGUUAGACAAGGUUUAACAAAUGAAAAUCAGAUUCAAUCAGAUUUCCUUGGAUCCUGAAAAGACAUAGCGAAUGACGGUAUGGAGUCACUUGUCUCUUGAAAGGAUAAUGCAUUAAAACCUAUUAUUCUACUUCUUAAAGCGAAGAAUCCAUGUAUUCCGAACCCGUGUACAAACAUGGGAGCCUGCAAGAGAUAUGGAACAAAACACGUCUGCGCAUGUCCAAAUGGAUUCACUGGAUCUCGCUGCCAAGGUAAUUUUUUUAAAGCAAGUUAAUUUAACAUGACCUUCAUCUAACACAAUCACUUUACUUUCAGAGCAAGACCAAUGUUUCAUGCACAAUCCUUGUAAAAACGCUGGAAAAUGUCGCCUUUCAAAAGGUGUUAUGUCUUGUCGCUGCCCGAAAGGAUUCACGGGAAGGCAUUGCGAAAGUAAGUAGUACACGAGGAAAAAUACGCCUAAUGGUCACCAGAGUAGGCUUGCAACCUGGGGAUGAUUGUUCAAACCUGCUGUUUUAAAUUAUGUAUGUAUUUAUGUCUGUUUAUUUCGAAACUUCAGAGAAGAAACCUCCUAGGCCUACUGAUCCAGACAAGAUUUCUGAAGGAAUAUUUCCAAAUUUAUAAACAAGCUAGGUUCUUUGUAGGUUUGCAUCGCGAUAAAACAUAUGAUACUUUUUGUUUGUGGAAAUACCAGGUAAAUUUAUUACUGCAAAGCUUUCGAUCCGUAAGCCCGGAUCUUCAUCAACAUUAUUAGCAUUGAUGAAGAUCCGGGCUUACGGUUCGAAAGCUUUGCAGUAAUAAAUUUACGUGGUGUUUCCACAAACAAAACGUAUUAUAUAAACAAGUUGUUAGGAAGAUUGCUUUAAAUUUUAGGUUAAUUUAUAACCUAGUGUUAAGGUAACCGGCUUUUGAACAAUCGAUCCCUAGGCUUUAGCAGCACAUCCUUCGUUUUCCAAUAGACAGAUUUAGAAAAGACAAGGCAAACGCGACGACCAAGGAACUUGAUUACUGUAAUAAAUUGAAGCUUUUUAAACUAACUUUAAAAACUGCAGAGUUCAGGGAAAACGAACCGGUGUUUGCUAGCUAUGAUACAGAUUUUAACUCCUCCAACUUCUCCACAACCGUAUAAUACACGUUUCUCUAAUGACGUGAAAAUCUUAGUUUAACGUUGUAUUAAGAAUGACAACGUUGUUGAGGGUACCCCUGGGACCACAAGUUGUUCAAACUUUUUGUUUUUCAUAAAGAAUUUCUUUGUUUCGAAGUCGCGUCUUUCAGUUCGCGUCGUGUUUUCUAAAUAAGUUUAGAAGUAGAAAAUAGAGAGGUUAAGAUACCCCGGUUCCGGUUUACGGGUACGGGUGAUAUACACGUACCCGUACCCGCAAAUCGGGGAACGACUUGUAACUGAGAAUUCCGGCGUGUGAAAACCGAUCAGAGAAUGGUAACUUUCGCUGAUGAAGUUCGCCAUAAAUUGUUGAAAACUUUGACGAGCAUAUGUGCAUUAUUUAUUUGGGUAAGAUGUUGAAAAUUUUUACUAUUUAAACGGACCACUUAUAGUAAAUAAAAAACACCCGUACCCGUUUGUCUUUUACGUGUAGACUUUGGUUUACCGCGGGGAAACGGGUAGAAAUUACGGGUAAAAAUGCUGAUAUCAGCAAAAAUUGCUUAGCAAAAUGGCGAUACUCGUACCCGUAAAUCGGAACCGGGGUAUCUUAACCUCUCUAAUAACUACAGGAUUACGCGGUAAGUAAUGCUAUGCUUGAGCUUUAUUUUUCCUCUCCCGAUAUUUAGUGAAAGAUUUAUGUGCUCCUAAUCCAUGCUCCAACCGUGGUGUUUGUACGUUGAGUGCAAUUUCAUUUCAUUGCCAAUGUCCUCUUGGAUUCACUGGAGAAUCUUGUAAAGGUAAGUUGUAAUAAUUCAAUUCAAUGUUUUGAGAAAAAAAACAAGGGAAGUGAGCAAGUAAGUGCUAAUCAUCCAUUUAGUUUUUUAGUUUAGUUUAAAUACUUUAUUGGGUAAAUUAUUUACAAAAGACGUACUAAUACUAUGCUUGCAAAGAACAAAUACUACCCAAAUGGAAGAGGUGCGAACGGAACGUAAAUAAUCUACGCUAUCCAUGCAAGGCACCUUGCACAAAAAAGAAAACAUGUAAAUAUAGUUUACUAAUAACAAGUUUAUACAGCGAGACAAUUAACUCCUAUGACAAGGACAGGCACGUGACAUAGACCAAGUACAUAACAAGUUUACAUCGAAUACGGUCGAUACUAACAUAGAAUAGUGAUUAAAGAGGUAGUAUUUAAAUGUUUUGACACUAGAGAAUGUAUUUGGUGAAGCUACUUUGCAAACACUGUUCCAUAAUUUCACGAUCCGGUUGAAAUAUGAGUUCUGAUAUGUUGUGGUUUUACACAAUGGAGUCUUGAGCAACAGGUUGUUGGGAUUACGACAUAGACGGGAGUGGUUAUGGGUUACAAACGAGACAUAGUCAUGAACAUUGAGAUCAGAAAUACCAUAAAGAGCCCUGUAGAAGAGCAUUAAACCCUUAAUUGCUGCUCAGAGCUAAACUGAAUUGCGGACCACACAACUCAACCAAAUUGAGUGGAAGGCUUUCUAAGGGCGCCUACAGCAGCCGUCUCAUGGCUCAUGUCUGAACAGAAGCCGGUUGUUCGAAAUGGCCUAAGCUAACCCUAGGGGCACUUUCCAUUAACUCGGUCAGAACGGAAUUCAAAGCAAAGUUCACAAAAAGCUUUGUUUAUAACUGAUUUGGAAAUAUUUCUUUGGAAAUCUUGUCUGGAUCAGUAGGAAUUUUCUUCUCUCAGGUUUUAAAUAAAAAAGAUGUAAAGAAAUACAUAAACUAAAGCAGCAGCUUCAAUUUUAACCGAAGGUUAGCGCUAGUCCAGCUUUAAACCAGCCCCUGGUAUUCACUGUGGUUGAUUAUGUUUAGAAAAUGACAACUGUGAGCCAAACCCGUGUCAAAAUGGCGGACGCUGUUCCAACAGUGAUGAAGGAUAUCGUUGUCGUUGUUUGCCAGGAUACGUGGGGGUGCAUUGUGAAAGUAAGAAUGAAUAAUGAAGUAUGAUCUUCAUAAUAGACCCAUUGCACUGACGUCACAAAUCCAUAGAGUGUCCUCCAGAUGCUCCCUAACAAUAUCUAUUCGGGUACAACAACCACAUAUACAGCGCAAAAAUUAACCGUUUUAAACAAAAUUAUUAUAAAGUUUUACAAAAAUUGCUUUGUUUACAGAAGCUACAGUAUGCAUAGAUUGCUAAUUUGUCCUCCAGAUGCAUCGUCAUCGGCGCUGUGACGUCACGUGCAAUGGGUCUAUAUACUGUAUAUUAUCAUUUACUCGGUGUUACUGACUUGUCACCAGAUUUAAACCAAAUUUCACAACGAAAACCAGCUCUUGUGGUGUCGUGAUCACCACGCUUGCCUUUCAAACCGGGAGAUCCGGGUUCAAUCCUUGGUCGGACCUCAACUUAAGGUCUUAAGGUUACAGGACACCCUCUUUGGCGUUUUGCGGAAAAUCGCUACUGCGCGGUCAAUAUCAGUCCGAUUUGAAUCAAAUUUUCACCAAAUCAGGAAAAUCUUAAAUCGCGGUACCGUUACGCUUUUGAGUUGUGCUCCUGCUGGUUUUAAGUUAUAUUUAUGAAAACAUCAUUUUUAUACAGUAAAAUAGUUGUUCUAAAAAAUAGUGUUCGGAAUUUUUUGUUUAUUUCGUCAUUCCGCUGAUAUGGCGAUUUCUUUGAGUGAAUUGCUCCCUAUUAUUAAAAUAUCCAAAAUUUAAAAAAAGCCGAACACAAUUUUGAAACUGACGUCUUUAGCUAUGUCCUGUGAAAAUUUGAGAAAAAUUGGUCAAAAUCCGCAGGAGCAUAACUCGUUUGAAAAUCAGUAAUUACCGUAAAAUUCUUCGGGAGAAAAUUGAAUUUGAAUAUUACAUUUUCAAUGUUUUUCUUAUUGCAGCGAAAUGUAUUUUAUUAAAUAACUCUGCGAGUUUUCAACAUUUUUCGUUCAAACUUGGUCAGUUAGUAGAACUAGUCUAAUGCUUUCAUGGAAACCAAUAAAAAAGUUUUAGGCAAAAUUAACCCUUCAAAGGUGUUCUGUAACCUUAACAUAAUUGAGGAGAAAGUACUACCUUUACAUUGACAUCAGUAAAUGGUUAGACUAAGACUUUCGCAGCUUCUCGGAUAAGGACGUUAAAAUCGUAGAUACCUCGGAUCCCCUAUCAAUGGACCUUUCACCUUUUGACUAAAAUUUAGAUCCCAACAAGUCUAGACAAAAAUUUUAUCACAGCUUGAAAGAGCAUCACAAAAUUAGUAAUAUUCCAAAGUUUCACUGCGAACUUGUUGAGAUCUAAAUUUUAGUCAAAAGGUGAAAGGUCCAUUGGGCAAUAUAUAGCCUGUUGGGAAAUCCGCUCACCAAUGAGUGAGAAACUGAAUAAACAAAAGUUUCCAACCCAACAAGCAAUGAACAUGAGGUUUAACGUAGUAUUUCUAUUCAUACAGACGAAGAUCCCUGCAAGAAGAGUCCUUGUCUCAACAACGCUGAAUGUGUCGUGAUCAGAAAUAUCGCUCAUUGUAAAUGCCCGCAAGGGUACGUGGGAAAACUUUGUGAACGUAAGUAGAUAAAUGACAAUCUUUGCCCAGAGCUUGGAACUGUUCAGUGUUAUUGAAAUACAGUAAGUCACUGCGCUAAAACGAAAAUUCAAACGACUAUUAAAGGAACUGAGAUGUUGCCUCCUUCUCCAUUUCUGAAGCCUGGAUGCACAAAGUUUCUGUGAUCACAGUAGGAAUUUUCAGCAUCGGUAAAUUCUAAGUUUUGAAGGAUUUGUAAGAAAUGUUUGAGGAAACUGACUUAAUGGUAAACACUCAAACAUUUCUCAUAAACCCUUCAGAACUUAGAAUUUACCUAUGCAAAAUUCCUACUGUGAUCACCGAAACUUUGAUAGUGUGGACCAGCCUUUAUGCUGAAGAAUAAGGUCUUGAACUUGAAGUCUUUCUAUAUUAAUUUUAGGGGGAGGAGUGUUUAUUAUCCUUAUUUGCAGCUGAAAGCUAAGCCGAAUUGACCAUUUGCGUAAUAGACUAAAUUUUGAUCUCAACAAGUCUAGACAAAAAUUUCAUCACAGCUUGAAAGAGCAUCACAAAAUUAGUAAUAUUCAAAUGUUGUAAAAUGCAGAUAAUAUAGCCUUGCGAAGUUGGCAAUUUUCAGUCAUUUUAGAUUACGAACGGGAAAUUGACAGCCCCAAAGGGUAUUGGGCUGUCAAUUUCCCGUUUGUAAAUUGUAAUCUAAAAUAACUGAAAAUUGCAAACUUCGCAAGGCUAUAUUAUCCGCAUUUUACAACAUUUCGCAACGAAACUUUAGAAUAUUACUAAUUUUGUGAUGCUCUUUCAAGCUGUGAUGAAAUUUUUGUCCAGAUCAAAAUUUAGUCUAUUACGCAAGUGGUCAAUUGCGAAGGACACAGCUCAAUAUGAUCGAGUCGAAGGCUUUCUAGGGACGCAUCUGGCAGCCACCUUACGACUCAUGCCUGAGAGCACCGCUACGAUGGAAGGGUUAGUUUAGGGCUAAUCCCAGCUUAGGGACUAAUCCCAACCAACCCUGUCAACAAUCCCUGUGGAACCGUAGUACCCGGAGAAAACUCAUGACAUUCGGCAGAGCAUUGAUUGACUCUUUUCACAUGGAUAUCGUUUAGUUCAUUUAUUUAUGAUUUGUUUUAGAUUCCGACCCGUGUUUACCAAACCCAUGUCAACACAAUAGUGAAUGUCAGACUCAUGAUGAUGGAAGUUAUCAUUGUGAAUGUGAACAGGGUUAUAUGGGCUCCCUGUGUCAUCGUAAGUAGUACACACGCCCUCUCGGCGGCCCUGCAUAUAAAUCCUUCAUUUUGCAUAAAUACUAAGCAAAUAACUCGUAUCCCAAAGGUCGCAGCUUCGAUUCCCACCGUGGUUAGGCAAACUUUUCAGCUUGCCUGGUGUGGAUGCACACUCAGAGUAAUAUCACAAACAUUAUAUUCACCUGAGUGCAUGACACCAACACACACAAAAAUAAACUACCAUUAAUUAGUUAUCAAAAUGCAAAGCACAUUUGCCUCAUUCAAACGUGAACUACAAAUCUUCAGUUUUAUAUUCAAAUUAUAAAAUUUCAAAUUCUAGAAUUCUUUCUUUCAGUUCGUAGCCAUUGUGCCCACAAGCCAUGUCUAAACGGAGGUCGAUGCCACGACUACAAGAACGGCUUCAUCUGUCACUGUCCUUUAGAGUGGGGAGGUCAUCACUGUCAAGGUAUAUAUAUGGAAACAGUUCGCCCGUUUACGGAGAAAUAUGAGGUAUACAUAUAUACAUACACUAUAUUCAGCUCACUCCCCAUCGGGUUUUUCAGUGACCGAUUACAUCAAGUAUUACCUACUUAGCCUAAAUCAUUUAUCUUUACAACAAUUGUGAUAUUACUUUCUUGAUUUUGUUUAUCCUAACCCACCCUGUCAACUUUCCCUGUGGGAGGAAACCGGAGCGCCCGGAGAAAACCCACGACUUUCGGCAGGGCGUUGAAAGACUCAUCUCGCAUGAGUCCGUAGCCAGAGUCGAACCCACUAUCUCAGAGAUUGGUUUCUCGAAUAUUUACCGUAACUAUUAAGGACGCAAAAAUACUAUUUCCCUAACAGGCCUAAUUAACUGACUAUUUCAGAACAUAAUAUGUGCUACCCCGACAACCCCUGCGAGAACAACGGUGUGUGUAAAAGUGAUGGACAUAACAUUGUCUGCAAGUGUCAUCCAGGGUUCUUGGGGGAUCAUUGUGAAGGUAAGGAAUAUAUUGGGAUAUUACAUGAUAGUAAUGACAUUGUCUGCAGGUGUUCCUCAGGGUUCCUAGGGAUCAUUGGGAAGGUAAGGGAUAUAUUGGGAUAUCACAUUAUAGUAAUGGUCAUAACAUUGUCCGCAAGUGUCCCCCAGCUUUGUGUGGGAUCAUUGGGAAGGUGAGGGGUAUAUUGGGAUAUCACAUGAUAGUAAUGGACAGAAAGUGUCCUCUAGCGACACCUUUUUCAUAAAGGUCCCAAUUCGUCCGGUCUUGCUCUCUGAAUCCCUUGCAAUUUUCUUUGCAGAGGUGAACUACUGUUACAAGCACGUAUGCAAAAACGGAGGAAAAUGUUUCAACACGAAGUCUGGGUACGAGUGUGAUUGCCCUGAAGGUUUUGGCGGGAAAAAUUGUGAUGGUAAUAUAAUUUGAAUGGUUCUUUCAUUACUCUAACUGGCCGUGGCAUUAACCAAUCGUAGAAUCUGUCUCCAUUAUAAAUCGCUCGUUUUAAGAGCUAACUAUAAUAUUUUUAAUAUCAUUAAUAGAGACUAGAUAAACAGGCCGUUAUUAUAAAAAUAAAAUAAUGUACUCACCAUAUAACUAGACCAAAAUCAACCUUUGUUUCUGUGGCAGGUUUCAGUUCUCCGUGUAUGCCAAAUCCCUGCGUCAAUGAUGGAUUAUGUGCUGAAGAUAAAGCGAAUGAAAAGGGUUACAUGUGUGUCUGUAAACAAGGAUUCGCUGGAAACCAAUGCCAGAGUAAGACAACGGAUUUUAUCUUCAUAUUCUUCAUAUAAAUUCAGUUGGUGAGAACGCUGCACCGCAAUCACAGGUUCGAUUCCUGUCAGAGGGCAUAUAGUUGCAUUUUUCACAAAUGCUCCUGGUUGGGUCUUAAUAAAUGUAUAAAAAUCACACACGCAGUUUCCAUCGACAAAUCCCUAAACAAUGUUGUCUAUAGAUUAAAGUGCCUAUGACACGAAAUUUCACCCCCAAAUGUUUAUGAUUGCAUUGUAAAGACACUUAAAAUGACUUUAUAAUUUAUUUUAUAGAAUUUUGGUAACUUGCUUCCUUUGCAAGAUAUUCAACUUUGUUUCAUAUGCAAAUAUCACCGGUGUGACAUCACAUCGCAUCGCAUAAUGACAUUUUGAAAACGCAAUAUUUUACCUUGAUAAAAUAUUUUUACAAACAAAUACAGAGGGUUAAUUACCAGUUAUGAAAUUACUACAUAUCAGUACAAGGGCAAUUUUUAAGUUUUUUUAGAUACGUAUUCGUCAAGAAAACCAUACUUUUCUGAAAACUCAUUAUGUGAUGUGAUGUCACACCGGUGAUAUUUGCAUAUGAAACAAAGUUGAAUAUCUUGAAAAGGAAGCAAGUUACCAAAAUUCUAUAAAAGAAAUUAUUAAGUCAUUUUAAGUGAUCUUUACAAUGCAACCAUAAACCUUUGGGGUGAAAUUUCGUGUCAUAGGCACUUUAAAGUGCGACUAACCACUGAUAUGAUUUUUAGUAUGUCUAAUAUUUUGGUCAUUUGAGCAAGAAAUGUAAUAUAUCUUUACAAUAAAAAAUCCCAUCUUGAUCAACGUUUUCACUGUCAAAGUUUCCGGAUAUGAUGUCAUUAGGUGAAUUGCGAAUUAGUUUUCCUUUGUUUUUUUUGUGCCAAAAAUUCACCUAAUGACAUCAUAUCUGGAAUUUUGACAGUGAAAAAGUUGAUCAAGAUGAGGUUUUUUACUAUAAAGAUACAUUACAUUUCUUAUCAGAAUGACCCAAAUAUUACACAUACCAAAAAUUGUAUUUGGGGUUAGUCGCACUUUAAUUUGUGUUAAUAGUGGACUUCAUUUGCAUAUCUUACGGAAUACUUAAAUAGAUUUGCCUUAGAACACAUAGCUAUUAUCAAAGGCGAGCACAGUACACUCUACCAUGCCAAUCACGACAAUCAUGACAAUCUCUUAUAUACCCACAAGAAAACAAUGUACUGAUUUAGGGCCAUGUUAUAGCCACCAAGAGACAUCGAGGAUCGUGGCUUUGUUAGCGCAAGAUUUUUCAUACUUGCGCGGUAUGAAUUUUGAAGUACUUUAUUUUUCAUUACAGGAAAAGAUGCGUGCCUUCCAAACCCCUGCAUAAACGCCGGGAAAUGUUUCCCAGCUGAAAAUCGUCUUGGAUAUCAUUGUAUUUGCAUCGAGGGAAAACGCGGUCUGCAGUGCGAACGUAAGUCGAUAUCGCUAUAUUCAAAUCCAUUUACGAAAGCUAGAAAGCUCACGAAAAGCUAUGCUCUGUACGAAAUGAAACUAAGCCAUUUAGAGAUUGAUUAGGGCAUGCUCCCAGCUUCUUACAAAACCUCUAAACUUGUAUCGUUAGAAUAAUAUCAGUGAAGCAACGUAUUAUUUCUACAGAUAGUGAGUCACCUUUUGCAGAUACAAAAUAAGGGGCUAUUUAUACGAUCCCGCUUUGUCGGAAAUAUAGAUGCGAAGCGGGAUUAUUUUGAUGUACUGACAUAAGUCACGGGGCUAAAACGAAAGUUCAAACGACUAUUAAAGAAACUGAGAUAUUGCCUAGUACCUUCUGCAACCAUGGAUCAUCCUUCUCCAUUACUAAAACCUGGUUUGCACUAUUAUUAAAGUUUCUGUGAUCACAGCAGGAAUUCCCAUGGGUAAUUCUGAGUUUUGAAUGAUUUAUAAGACAUUUUUGAGGGAAAUAAUAACUCAUUGAUUAAUACAGAGUCAGUUCCCUCAAGCAAUUCUUACAAAUCCUUCAAAACUUAGAAUUUACCUAUGCAAAAUUCCUACUGUGAUCACAGAAACUUUGAUAUUGCAAACAAGGCUUAAUCAAAGCAUUUACGUUUCCUAAUAUUUCUUCUAGACAAUGAUUACUGUUACCCACAAAAUCCAUGCUUGAAUGGUGCAACGUGUUUCAGCACUCAUGUUGGUUAUGUGUGCAAAUGUAAACUUGGAUUCAAAGGUCAAAAAUGUGAAGGUAUGAGAGAAUUAGAAAGAACAUAACACAUAUUAUUAUAUACACAAGGUCUGGAUAUGAGGUAUUCUGCAAUCUGAUUGGUUCUCUACUAGCAGGAUAUUAGCUCAUAUCCUGCUGGUAGAGAAAAACAAAAUGGCGGCUCAAACUGAAUUUCCGACGUUUGCAAACGAGAAAACGGCAAGUUGUUCGCUUUUUAUAGCUUUUUCAAGAUUAAAAACACAAUUAAAAACUCUCACAAAUUGUUUACAGGUUAGCAAAUGAAUUUUUAAAAUCUAGAAUGGUUAAAAAAAUAUAUUUUUGAAAAAAUAAUCGGCCGAAAGAGCGAAGAUAAAAACAUAAACAAAAUAGAAAAAUAUUGAAAAUAACAGAAAAAGCAAAGUCUGUGAAUUCAGACCUUGUGUAUACAAUAAAAGUUAUUCCACUCACUCUCGUCGAAUAUGAGCGAUAGCCGAUUCGGCGCUACGCGCCUCAUCGGCUAUCAGCUCAUAUUCGACUCGAGUUCGUAGAAUAACUGUUAAAUAUCCUAUUUACAAUCUUAGAAAUAACCCUUGAAGCCGUCCGCCCAAUAUUGCAAAAUUAAUGUUCUCUGACAAAGGCAGUUAAGCCUUCACAAUACAAGGAAUUUGUCCUUCUUUGUGAUGACUUGACGCUCUAGUCGGAAUUGGUACAAUCGUUCGCAUUUUGUUAAUUUUGCUGUACUGUAGAACCUGUACCGUAAACGACAUCGGUGACCCCCAAAUUUUAUUUUAUAAAAUGAUUUCUCUUAGCAUAAUCAAUUAUUUUGACAAUUUAAAAAAAAUUCUGUGGAGCCAAAAAAAAAUAUUGUGAAUAAUCACCUUUACGUAAUUUUAAAAAUUUUCGGCUACACAGAAUUUUUUUUUAAUUUGUCAAAAUAAUUGAUUAUACUAAGAGAAAUAAUGCUUUAAAAUAAAAUUUGGGGGUCACUUGUGUCGUUUACGAGUUAAAUUACUUUAAAGCCAAAACAUCCGCCAUCUUGAAACGUCAUUGUUGCCAUAGCAACGGCAGUUGCGUAACUUUUGUGCACAAAUUCAAACUCUUUAGAUGUUGUCUUAUAUAAGUAAGGUGCUUUUUGUUUGUCAACAAGUAAUAAUUGUCCAAAAAUACGCGUCUAAAUCGUGAAUUUUCCAUUUUUUAAAAACUGUAUUGAGCCACCUUAAAACACAGGAAAUAUUUUCGAGUCCACCACGGGGCUUGAAACCCGAAUAAAAGCAUCUUAUCACUCAAAAUUUGAGUAAUUUACAAGAAAACCAGAAAGAUUACCGUGAUUCGAAAGAUUACUGUGUUGUCUUGUUUGUUCACUCACAUUUUGCAGAAUUUGUCCGUACUAUGUUUUGUUUCAAGAUUGUCUGAUAGCAAUGGAAAGAAAGUUUUAGUUUUUAAUUUUAAUUUUAAUUUUAAUUUCAAUUUUAAUAAGCUUUCGUACAUCAUUAUAUACGAGGAGUUAAACAACAGAGCAAGCUCCAAUCAAGGUUUAACUCCAAGGUAAUAUUUAUCUCCUUGUCUAGCUCAAGAUUUGACGAACCCCUGUGCUCUCCACCCAUGCCUUAAUCAUGGUACUUGUUACGACCAGCGAAACAGUCAAAGUAACCUGGUCAGGCUGGGCAACCAAGAUAGCUACAAAUGUUUUUGCAUCCCAGGAUACAGUGGCAGAAACUGCGAAGUGCCUCAAUACGCGUGCUUUUCCCAGCCAUGUCAACAUGGGGCGACCUGCAUGGACUCGCACAAGUACACGGACAUUGCUUUUGAUUCUACUGGAUACAAAUGUAUCUGCCCGAAUGGCUUCUCGGGAAGGAACUGCCAGUGUAAGUAAAAAAUGCAGCAUGCGGACAUAGUAUGGAUAUGAAGUGGCCAAAUUCGAUUCGUACAAUACUUGUAUGUAUAUCUGAGUGUACGAUACAACUACUCCCAGACAAAACACUAUUUUAUAAAGAGAAAUUAAUUCACAGGAAAAAAAUUGAACUUUCCAUUAAUGUGUUUUUGAAUGUAAAAACUGAGCUCUUACCAUCAUUAUUGGUUAUUAUUGAUCUCCCAUAUGGUAAAUUCGUAAAAACCAUGAUAUUUAAGAGGAGAUUUUUUUGUAUGUUACGUAACACGCGCUCAAAACUAAUGCGUAUAAUAUACCACUUGAGGUUAUGACUAAAUUCAAAAUUUUUAUUUUUCGAUACGUUUCUCGAUCGGCAAACAAACUUAAAAAGUAUGUUUAGUGCUUUAUCUGUAAAAUAAUACUAAAAUGAAGAGAUUUUAGAUGAUACGCCAAAGAGAAAAUGAUGUCUGAAGUUCAGUAAGUUUUGCUUAUAUGGCUGUAAAUAUGGCGUCAUUUUAAAGCAUCAUUGAUAAUUGUAUUUUAUAUUAAUUGACAAUUUUUAACUAUUAUUUUAUGUUUCUCAACCGGCAGAUGUAUUUAAAAAGGUUGCGAACUCUAUAAACUAGAGAAUAAAGCUAAAACAAAGUGAUUUUGAGAGGAACGCCAAAAAGAUUUUAGGUUUUGAACACAUUUCAUCACAAAUACGAGUGACAUUGAAAAAAAUUGCCUCUUAAUAUUUACCAUUAGAAUCCCACAUUUGACCCUGGGGAGAAUAUAAUCAGACUGCUGCAUACAUAUUACAGGAAUUGGACCCUAGUCACACAAGCGGUUUUUUCUGCAACUUGCAAUGCAAUUUGGGACAUAGAGCUAUGGUUAUCAUAACACUAUAUAGUCACGGAGAGAUACGAGUAUGCAUUCUGCUCUGCCUACUUUCUUUAUAUAGCAUACUUUUAAUGGAAAGCUUGUUUUAUGCUAAUUUUUGGCAUGUUCAAAAGCAAUUGAAAAAUAAAGAGAAGUAGGUUGAAAAAUGUAUAGAAAGCAUAAUAAACCGUGGGUCACGCUUAGAACUUUUCUCGAAAUACAUUGACAUAACAUGACUCUGUAGUAUUUUUGCACAAGUGAACAUAACAAAUCCUACAAGGUGAUUGGUCAAAUUUGACGUAUUAAUUAACAAUUAUUCGCCGAAGGCGAGGUGAAUAUCGCUGAAUAAAAACCGAGACGAAGUCGAGGUUUUUAUUCAGCGAUAUUCACCGAGCCUGAGGCGAAUAAUUGUUUUAGUAUAAUUACAAAGGUGAUUAUUUGAAAAAAAAUAAUAUAACACAUUUCAAUCUUUUUCCGUACGGCGGUGACUUUAGGUUUCUAUAUCCAGAGCCGCUCAUAUCGCCAUCAAGAAUGCUUUUUUGUAAUAAUUUGAUUAAUUUCCAUCACUUUUUCUUAUAGAAACGUAGAAUUUUGAUAAACAUUUGUUUAUUCCGUCAAUAUUCAUGUCUUCAAACUCAUUUGUGAAUUGUGACUGUUGUUGAAACCAAUCUGUUGUAGAAAAUACUUUUUCACAAACGUAAACAAAUGUCUAAACUAUAUAUUGUACGACAACUUGAAUAAAACGGUGUUUUAUGCGAAAUAAAGUUAAGCAGAUUUCUGCAACGUAGUUUCCCAUCUCGAAAUACUUUUAAGCCAAAUUUUGUCACUUCUUUCGUGCUUUUAGGUACAGUAUUUUCUUUAAAAUUAGUAACUUAUUUCUUCAUCUGUCACUUCGACAAAACCACUCGCCGCCAUUUUGAAAAAAAACGCUUAGGUGAUUAUCGCGUAAUAAUCCGAGGUCGCUUGACCAAUCAGCGGCCACAAUUUUCGAUAAUCACCUUUGUAAUUAUACUAAUCUGUUAUAUUCACCUAACAGGUGAAUAUAACAAAAUCGAAAUUUUCAAAAUGGCGGCUAGCCGUUUUGUUGAAGUUAGUGAUAAAGAAAUAAGCGAAAUUAAAAUGAAUUCAAACGAGAAAAACACAAAAAACUUGUGCAAAAAUACUAAAACAAUUAUUCGCCUCAGGCUCGGUGAUAAAACAUUAUAAAAAAAAAAACAAAAAAAAAACAUAGUUAAAUUACUUAAAUAUACGUCAGAAAUUGCGUUGGAAGAUGGCACAGCCAUCUAUGUAUAAGUAUCAAAAUAGGUAUUAUGGAGGGAGGACAUUCAGAAAAGCGUCCUGCUAGUAUAAUAACUAUAAGGAGCACGGUUAUUACAGAACAAGGUAGCAUUCUAUUUUUUUCUGAAUGCAUUUAUCUUUACAAAAUUUAGUGAAUAUACGGAAUCUAGAAGGAGGGACAUCAGACUUUGUAUCUUCGCUAACAAGUGGUUACGACAGACCGGGUUACGUGCCAGUCCCUAAACCAGACCUCACAUCAAGAUACAGUAAACCAACGCGUGUCGAACAGAACAAUUAUGGUAACGUUCCAGUCCCUACGCCAGACCCAAGCAGUUUUCCUACAGGUAUGUACAGUGCACAAGCACGAAACAAUAUUCUCGCUUCCGCUACUGCUAAUAUGAACCAAUCAGGUGCAUUCAAUCUACCCGAUUAACCAAUCAAAUGCGUAUCAAGCAUUUGAGGCAAAGCAGGAAAUAAGGGUGGAUCCUGGCAUCUAGGAUCUCAGAAAAUUUUCAGACCUGGCUCAGCUGGCAGAAAAUUUUAGGGAAUUACAUAAUGCUAACGGGCAUAGAAAAUAAUUAAUCAAAAAGAAUAUUUGAAUAUUAAAUAAUAUAGUAGAAAACGUUGACGCCAAAACAUAGGAUCCCAGAAACAAAAACAUGAUUUCCUGUUAUGAUUUGAGAGGUAGCGCCACCUCCCCUGAGAUCGUUUUGCACCUCCCCUGAGAAUUUUUGCACCUCCCCUGAAGUCAUGCAUACACCACGUUGACUUUGGUCCGUUCUAAGCCCUGACUUUCCAUGGGGGUCGUGAGCUAGACUGCUGCACCUCCACUAAAUAUUUUCCACCUCCCCACUAUUUCCACCAAAAUCAGGCCUUUGGUAGCGGCACACAAAUCUGACCCUCUCUAUUUAAACCUUCCAGACUUCGAAUUCAUUUCUUGCUCUUUUUCCAGUGAGACGAUCGUACGAAACGAAUCCGGAGGUAAACAAUUAUUCAGAAGAAGGCAACUCAGAACAAAACAAUGUGAACACCGGAACAGGCACGACAAAUUCACCAGAUUAUUCACAAGUCCAACAACCCACUGAAGAAGAACUCCAGGCUGGCCAGGGAAUGGGAGUACCGUUCUCAGCUGGGUAG